GAAUGUGUGGCUUGAUCGCACUGAUGAGUGUCUUCGGAUUUUCUCCGAGCGAUAGUAAAUAAAUCGCGUAAUUGGCGUAAUUUAUUGGUUAUGGACACUGGAGUUCUUAACCUAGCAUGGUGCCAAGGCUACAAUGGUUCUCCGCUUUCAUUCAUUGAGCCAAAUGUAUUAUGCUACCAGUGUGGUAGAAACUUUAAAACUAUUUCUACCGAUGGCAAACAAAGUUCUUUUGCUUUUAAAGGAACAGCCAUUGGGCCUAUGGCUGUUCAUAAAAUAAACAAACACAUUGCUGUUGGUGAAUAUGGAGAGAACCCCAACAUUUAUGUGUAUGCUUACCCAACAUACACAGAAAUAUCUGUGUUGCAAGAUGGUGCUGACCUGGAGUUUCAACAGCUGGUUUUUUCUGAAGGAGACCACCUUAUCAGUGUUUCUGCGGUUCCUAACUUUACUCUUAUACUAUGGAAUUACCUAACAGGAACAAAAUUGACAUCAUAUGAUGUCUCUCCUGAGCCCAUAUAUUCAUUAUCUUUCAAUAAAACUAACUGGAGGCAAAUCUGCAUGAUCAACCCAAACAGUAUAACACUGUGGAACAUUGAGCAGUGUGGUACAAAAUAUCUAAUGAUUCCAAGGAAAAUAUCUCUGCCUCCCAUUGAUGUUGAAAAAUUAGAUGAUGAAUUCAGCCAUGUUGAAAAGUCCUCAGUUGGAGGAGUUUCGUUUCAAUUUUCACUUCCUGAAUCCACUGUUGCUGGACUGACUGGAACAUCCGCUGAAAGGAUUCAUGAAUUCAAAGAUAUCACACUGAGAGUGAAACCACUAUCUAUGACAUGGAUGCCCACUGGAGAUUUUUAUGUGGGAUGUGAAGGUGGACAACUUCUCAAGGUAGACAGUGAUCAAACAAAAGCUAAAAUAAUGAAUUUUUCUUCUCACACAAGAGCAUCAGUAGCAGCAAAAGACAUGUCCCAAACCAAAUCUGUUAAAUAUGAGGAGCAUGGAGCACUUGAUUUUAUAGCACUGCACAAUCUUGGCCUGUAUACAGCAGGGCGGGAUGGGACUAUCAAGCUUUUUGAAAUUCAUAAAGAUGAGCUGUUUCUUCUAGAUGUAAUAGAAACUGGGUCUCCCUUAACCUCUUUACAGUUUAACCAAACCUACCAGAAUUUGGCUUGGGGUUCAGUUGAGGGCCUCAUUCAAGUGAUGAACUGUGGUGACCUCAGCUCAGUUGUAACAAUUGCAUCAUUGCAUCAGGGCAACAUUGUUGGUGUUGGUGGCUUAAGUGUAGGGUCUGACUGUUGUGUGUGCCUACGACAAGAUGGCUAUGUUCAAGUAUGGAAAACCAGUGAUGGUACUUUUAUGGGUGAGGUUGCAACCAAUGAACCUGGCUCCACCUUGGCCUGUUGUCCCAUAGCUCAUUAUGCUGCUGUUGGCACAGAGUCUGGUAACGUCUACAUUGUUGAUUUAACCAAGCCAACUAAUCCAAGGGUUAUCUUAAACCAAAGGCUGUUCAAAUCUCCCAUAACUAGAUUAGUUUUUAAUGGAGACGAUGGAAAGAUCCUGUUUGCUGCUGCAGAAUGCAACCAUAUUUUUGUCAUAGAUGCAAGACCAUCUAGUAAUUUUGCCAUUUUAGGAUAUAUCAAUGUUGUUGGUGUAGUUAAAGAUAUAGCUGCACACUAUCAAGGGAAAGAAAAAACUGUUUUAGUAGCAUCAUGCAACAAUAAUCCUGAGAUAAAUGGAGCUAAUCUUUUGUUAAAGUUCACAUUCUCCUCAUCCAUGAUUGAUGAUAUCACUGAAUACUACAACAGCCCUAUGUGUGAUAUUAAGGAGGAGGCUUGUCAAACUUUAAAGAUGGGCUUGCGUCAUGCUAUCUGUGGGCUUGCUAUUGGGGAAGGGGAGGCAAUCUAUGCUCUCAGUGCCAGCACAAGGAAACUCCUGUGUUAUACCAUGCCUGUCCAAGAUCCUGAAAAAACUUUGAAAAAAAUUGACCUACUUUUGAGUCCAGUGACGGAGUUCCCUGGUCACAUGCUGAGUGGAGGCAAUGUUUUACUCUCCCCUCACCUCAAGUGGCUGCUCUCUUACUCACCAGAUGGCUGUGUCAAAAUUAGAAGCAUAGCCUCAUUGGAGCGCACAGCCAUCUUUACUCCCCAUGAAUAUCGGUCUGGUGGCAUCAAGGCUGUGGCUUUGUCAGAUGAUUGUCAGUAUGUCCUGACUUGUGGAUAUGAUGGAGUCAUUAGCUGUUACCACUGGAAUCACCUGAAGAGCAAAGGCACUUCCACUAGUGUAUACAAGCAGAAAAGGAGCAGAGACUUAGAUUUAAUGUCAAGGGAGAACCAGAUACUAUCUGAAGCCACAGAGAGUGUUCAGCCCAUACCCAACAAUCGCAGGGAAUCAGAAGUUGAAAGAGAUAGAAGAGAAUUGAUUGAACAAGCCAAACAGGCAGCUCAAGACAGAGAUGAGAUUUAUGUCUCCCCACCACCAACUCCCAGAAUAAAUGCAACAUGGCUGGAACAACGCAAGAUAGAUGCAUUAAGAAAAGAUAACCACCACUUUGCUAGUAUUAAACAUGAUCUAAGAUCUCAAAUCCGGGACAUCCGGCGAACUAUUCAGAAGAUGAUGGCACAAAACAAAGAUCUCCCAGAAAUUGAAAAACUCGGGCGACAUGAAUUUGAUCUUGAUUUAGAGGAACAAAACAGGUUGCAGCUAGAAGGUGAAGCAGAGGUUCAAAAAGUAAGAGAAAGUAUUGAAUUUGACAACCUGGCCAAAUUGUAUCUGCGAGACAAAAUUAAGGAGGAAUGCUGGGAUAAAAUGCUUGUAAAAGGGAGAUCACUUCAGGCAUUUAAUUCACAACUUGAAGUUAGCAAUUUCCCACUUCGUGAGAGACCUCAGGAGCUGAUUAGACAAAUAGAAACUGUGUCUGUACGUCGAAAAAUAGAGUUACGAGAGCUCCAGGCUAGAAAUCUGAUUGCAGAGUUUGCACCAAAGUUCAUAAUACAUGAGGAGGAGGCAACAGAAGGGGAAGAAGAUGAUGCCAAGAAGGAACAUCCAUCCAUCUCAGGAAGUUUAGGGUCACAGUAUGGUGGAGGAAAUGAACUCUUCUACAGUCAGUUUGAGCUUCACACUAGGGAGCAGAAGAUAACUCAAAUCAUCCUCUUAGAAGAUGCAAUCCAUCGCAUUAAAGAAGCUUUUAACAAAGAGUUUGAUGAGGUGUACAGCAAGAAAGAGCAGGAAAUCAGCAAGUACAAAGAGAAGAACAAGCGGAUUGCUAAAAUUAUUAAAGAUUUGAACCUCGAUGAAGAGGUCACUGACCCUAACAUGAGUGUCGUAGAGAAGCCAGAGUUGCUUCUGGAAGUAUUAGACAGUGAGAUUAAAGUGGAGAGAUAUCUAACACCUGAACAAAGGAAAAGGAUGGAAGAGGAAAGACUACUGGAGGAAGAAAGGCUAGCAAGAGAGAGGGGAGAUAAUGCACGUGAGAGAGCCCUUGAAAUGAUGAUGGGUGGUGUUCUAGAGAUCAAGAAAGAGGAUGAGCUUAAAAAGGAUGUUCCCAAGCCACCUUUCAUGCUGACCAAAAAAGAGGAUGAAUACUCGGAAGAAGAACAGAAAUUGUAUAAAGAAUACUUAAAGAAAGUUCAGGACCUUAAUGAGGAAAGAGAGAAAUUCAGAAAGCAACUGGAAGCUGAGCUGAAGAAGCUUCAGGCUACUAUACAAGAGAACCUACAGGCCUUUGAUGAUGUCCUCUAUGGACUCUUUAUGCGCAAAAUUAAAGUCAUGAUGGUGGUCUACCAAGAAGAGUUGAAGAUUUUAAGGCUGCGCUUCACAAUGCUGGUUCAAGAGGAACUCAACACUAAAGAAAAGGACCUUCUUGAAAAUCUGGAGCACAAAAAACAUUUGAAGCAAAUUUCAUUUGAAGCCCUGGCAGAAACUCGUAAAAACAUGGAGCAGUUCCGCAACGAUUACGAGCAUCUCCAGGCAGAGGACAAGUACUUGGACAAGUCAUUCCGCAGAGAGUUCACUGACCUCUCAGGCCUCAAUGUUGACUUGCUCUAUAAACAAUUCAAAAGAAGACCCAGAACACAGAAGUAUAAAGCAGUGGAUGCAGCCAAGUCGUUGAAUCCCUUCAUUGACCGGCCAUCAUCUGCCAUGCAGUUGAACCACCUCAAGUCACAACUGGCACAUGGGCUAGAUGAGCUGGACAAGAACAGCAACUUACCAGACGGAAUAGAAUCUUCAGCCUGGGAUAAAAUGUGCAGACUGAGGAGGGCAAAGGUUGAGAGUGAACUUCAGCUCAAGAUCAAAGCCAACAUUUUAGCUGAAAUGAAUCUAUUCCUUCAAAAACGUCAAGAUGAAGAUGACAAACUGAAAGUAGACAUUGAGAACUUGAACCACAGUUUGUCAAGGAUGAAAGAAGACGAGCAGAGAUUUAUUCUGAAUCUUGAGGUUCAACUAUUGCUGAAACAGGGACAAAUUGAAGUGGAUGCAUCUUCAUUUAUCAGAGAUUUCCGCAACAGUGUGUUGGUGCAUCGUAAUGUGGUGGAAGAUUUGAACACCACAAUCAAGCAACUUGGAGAAAGGAAAAUUGCCAGUAUGGUUGAAAGCAAGGACUUCAGAAAAGGCAUUAUUCAACUAGAAUGGGAACAUAAGAAAAUGUCAAUGCAGAUGGAGGAUCUUGAAAACAAGAUGAAAGACAUCCAGUUUAUUAAAGUCACCAGAGAAAUACAAGCAUACUUGCAAGAGGAAGACUAUGAAACAAAGAAAGCUGAGGAGAUAUCUAAACUAGAGAUGACACUAAUUCAAUUGAAAAAGUUCCAUGAAAAAACUAUUGAACAAAAGAAGCUGCUGCUGAAAGAACUUACUAGAAACACCAAAGUCAAGCAGAAGAAUAACAAGAAACUGGAUGCAGAGUUACUGGACUUGAAUGUUGUUGUCAAUGAAAGGAAACAGAUUGAAGAUAUUAAUGUUGAAAAUAGAGAUGAUGAUGCCACUUAUAGGCGCUACAAUGAGAUAGUACAAAGAAGAAAACUGGUUGACUUAGCAAAAGCCCAGGCUCAAGAAGUGGCUGUACUGAGGGCAGAGGUUGAGCGACUGCGCAUGAGAACCUUCCCAGCCCUAGUUCAGGUGGAACAUUAAACUCUGCCGCAAGUAAAGACAUACCAGACAGUAUCAACUAUUUCAUUGUAUGUUGUAUUGUUUUAUUUUGUUAUCCUAAGCUCAUUCAUCGAGCAUAUACUUUUGUGAGUUAGAUGCUUAAAAAUUUGAUUAGAUUUUUUAAAAUCAUGAAACAUAUUCCAAAAACUCUUGUACGUAUUAUCCAUUGAAAACAAAUACAACAUUUACUUUUACUUCUUAUUGCAACUGAUGCUUCAAGUAAAUUCAUUAUUUAGCCUAAAAAUGUAUCAGUGGAUAUGAAACAAUAUGAACUGUGAUAUUUUUUUUUUUCAGUGUUAAAAUAUUUUACAUUUUCUGUCUUUACCUUUAUAAACUUUACAAGAACUCUUUUGUAUGGGUUGAAAUAGGGACUUCUACCAUUUGUUAUGUUGGUGUCUUGGUUUACAAUGAAUGCUGUACAGACUAAUAUUUUGAAAAUUAUUUUAUUUCAAAUACUAUGUGUACAAUUAUAUACUACAGAGUGCUGCUCACUGUGUCAACACAUUUGUAUUAUUUUUUUAACCAUAUACAGAUAAAAAUAGUUUUGAUGAGUUUACACACUCAUAGAGCUGAAAUUGUAAUCUUACAACACAAUGUAACAAAUAUUUGGAGAAAAAAAAACAUGCACAAAAUGGUUUUCAAUAAAUAUUUAUUACUAAUAUAGGUAAAUACGCCUACAAUGUUUAUGGUCUAAAUCCUUUAAAAUGUGUAUGGUCUAAAUU